AUGGAAAGUAGCACGGAUGACGGUUCAAGUUCAGCGGUAACCGAAUGUCAGUCAUUACAAGGACAAACCCGAGACUGUGAUCCGGAUGAAUCGACGGUGAUAAAAGUCGAGUUAAGCGAUGCGGCUGUUAACAAAACAUCGAAAACUUUGAAAGCGCUUCUCGAGCAGCAGCAAUAUGAAGAUAUGCGAAAUACCUCGUGGGCUGAUCUGAUGGAGGAAGUAACCAAAUCGAAAAGUGACUCACAGUCAAAGAGGGAUAAAGAGUUUGCAGCACUGAAAACACAAUCGAUAAAGAAUGAUUGUGUCAUUUUAAGUUCUAACGAGGAAUAUCCAAGUUUAUCAAUUGCUGCUGAGCAGUCAGAUAUGGAACGGCAUAAAACUAGUCCAUUGAAAAAGAAACCAGGGACGAAAUUCAGGUUUAAACGCAAUUUAGAGCUUACAGAAGCGUUGGCUAGUCGGGCGUUGAAAACUGACAGUGAAGUCUCCGGAAAAACGUUGCGUCGCGCUGUUAAGCGAGACAAAACGCAAGUUCAAACACUCUCUGCAAUGAGCACUGAUGAUGAGGAAGGUCCGACAUCUUCGAAAUGCCGGAAAAGAAGAAGGAAAGAUAUGCACAGGGAAAAGAUUGUUUGUGAAGCUAGCAAUUCGAGAUUUGACUCUAAAGAUUUACCUCUUGGUAGUGCUAAGCAUUCUAGUAAGGAAAGCUCCCCCGGAAGUAGCUCUAGUGUUGCUUCCACAUUGCGUAUUAAAAAAGGUUGGACAGAGCCAAAACUUGGUUGGUGCAGAAGUGAGGCUACUCUUUUGAGGCGUUCAAAGGAAAUUGAAAAGGCAAAGGAGAAACCAGUAUAUGCAAAAUAUCUUGCAAAAGUACCACGACAUGCUCGAACAAAAAAUAUGCCAAAAACUCCUAACAAAUAUAUCCAGUACUCGCGUCGAUCAUGGGACAGACAGGUACGUCUGUGGAAACGACGAUUAUAUGAAUGGGCUGGUGAAGAACCGACUGAAAGCUGUUUAAGUUUAAAUGAAUCCACAGCUGAUGAAAUUUCAGACAGUGAGGCAGUAUCCUCAUUUCCUUCUGCUUUGACGUCAGAUGAAAAUAAAUUAUCUUUAGAUGAAAUCAAGGUGGAACAGGAUGCAGCAGCUUCUCUUCUUGGUUGUCUUGAUAUCGAUACACGAACUAAUACUCUAACAGUCGUGAAGACUGAUGAUGAGUCGACGCUUAAAGGAACAUCCCGCAGUGUUCUUGGACCUCGUGAUUUUAGCCACCUUUAG